CAGUCGGGGGGGCGGUGACAUAUUUUUACCCGUCAUCGUCGUAAUUUUGUGAAUUUGUUGGAAAAACGCGAAAAUAAGUGUCGUUACAUCGUGUAAAUAGUUUAUGUCAGGACUGAACGUGAGGAUGGCGGGUCAGACUAUAAACGAUAGGCUUUUGGCCGCCCGCCACAGCAUCGCCGGGCAGGGUUUAGCUAAAUCCGUUUGCAAAGCUACUACCGAAGAAAUGAUAGCUCCCAAAAAGAAACAUUUAGAUUAUCUAGUCCACUGCACAAACGAGCCCAACGUGUCGAUACCACAGCUCGCCAACCUGUUGGUAGAGCGUACCCAGAACACUAAUUGGGUGGUGGUGUAUAAAGCUCUAAUAACUGUACAUCAUCUACUAGCAUAUGGGAAUGAGAGGUUCACACAAUAUCUAGCAUCGAGUAAUUCAACAUUUCAACUUAGCAAUUUUCUAGACAAAAGCGGCGUACAAGGCGCGGCCGGUGCCCGGAUUGGAUAUGACAUGUCUCCGUUCAUCCGGCGGUACGCCAAGUACCUCAAUGAGAAGGCGCUGUCCUACAGGACUGUGGCCUUUGACUUCUGCAAGGUUAAAAGGGGUAAGGAAGAAGGUUCCCUGCGAAUGAUGAACGCGGAGAAGUUGCUGAAGACACUGCCGGUGCUGCAGGCGCAGCUGGACGGCCUGCUGGAGUUCGACUGUACAGCUAAUGAUCUCACCAACGGAGUCAUCAACAUGUGCUUCAUGUUGCUCUUCAGAGAUCUCAUCAGAUUGUUCGCGUGCUACAAUGACGGCAUCAUCAACUUGCUGGAGAAGUACUUCGACAUGAACAAGAAGAACUGCCGCGAGGCUCUCGACCUCUAUAAGAAAUUCCUCAUCAGGAUGGAUAGGGUCGGAGAGUUCUUGAAGGUGGCAGAGAACGUGGGUAUAGACAAGGGUGACAUCCCCGACCUGACCAAAGCCCCCAGCAGUCUCCUGGACGCCCUGGAGGGACACUUGGCCUCACUUGAAGGCAAGAAGGGCUCCGCUGCCAAUACUCCCACACAAACUGCUAGCGCCCAAAAGAACGUAGCAAGCGUGAUGGGCGCUCUAUCGUCCACAUCGUCAUCGUUCGGUAACGCGGCCGCGUCCACUCGACUGGACAACCAGCCCAACGGGGCCUCGCCACUCUUCAUAGACGACACCCUCAAACAACAGGCCUUGGCUGAGGAGGAGGCCGCUAUGAACCAGUAUAAGGUUCGAUUAUACCAAGGCGAAGAGUGGACAGGCGACGAGGAUAUAUCAGAGAUAGUAAAUAAGGUGCAGUCUCCAACGAACGCGGCUAACAACCCGUUCUUAUCGUCUGCUCCUAGUCAGACACAGUCUAUUGUGGACUUGUUCGGACCUGCUCCAGCUGAUACAGCCAGUACUACUAGCAAAGCUUCCGAUGAUCUGCUGUCUCUUGGAAACCCGUUCGCUGAUAACAUGUUUGGAGCGGCGCCGGUGACGAGCACGCCGAUGUGGCCCCAACAACAACAACAACAACAACAGCCGAGCAACGGCUUCGCGGCCUUCCCGCCUCAGCAACAGAACAACUCCUUUGUGUCCGAGGCUAACUUCUCUAACGUUUUCGAUAACACUGAUUCCGCAGCUGCCGCGGCUAAUCCGUUCAUGGGUAUGGGAGACCUCACCCAACCAAUAUCCGCGUCACCCGCCCGUCCCCCUCCUCCCACCAUUCCCCCACAACCCAAAUCAGCGUUCGACGACCUUGAAGACGUGAUGCGCAUGUCUUUGGGUGGAUCCCCGGCUAAGUCUCAGCAGCCAAUUACACAACAGCCUCAACCAAUGGCGGCGCAGCCUUUCAGUGACGUCAUGUCAAUGCCGAUGGCUCAACCAAUGAUGUUCGGCUCGCCCGCCCGACAGCCCAUGAUGCCGAUGGGAGCGACCGGUCAGCAACCACAACAGCAACAGGGCAAGGUGUUGACUGGUGACUUGGACUCUUCACUCGCUCAGUUGGCCAACAACCUUACUAUCAACAAGACAGCUACGGCACAAAAACCGAUGCAGUGGAAUUCGCCGAAGAACGCGUCGAAACCUGGACAGACGUGGACACCACAACCCAUGCAAGCAACUACAGGCGCCGGGUACCGACCAAUGGGCCCAGGCAUGACACUCCCACCAAUGCCCCAUACUAUGCCCCAUGCAUAUCAUCCCCCGCAUUAUAUUAUGCAACAGCCAGGCAUGGUAAUGGGCAUGCAAGGAGCGCCAAUGAUGCCGAUGGGCAUGGCUCAACCGAUGCGACCCGCCGUGCCACCGCAGCCUACCACCAACCAAUUCAGUUAAGCACCACCUUUAUUAUUUGAAGGUUUACGUUUAUGUCAAAACCCGACUGCUCAUUGCACUUCAUAUAAAACCACAGGACACGCUACAUACAUAGCGAUCCUAUAGAAUAAGAAGAUGCCAGUCUUAUAUAAACUUUAAUAAAUUCAAUGUAAUAGCAAAAAAGUAUUCCUCUAAUUAGUCAAAUUUAUCCAAGUAUAGUUUUAUUAUUAUUAUAAUAGGUUAUUAUUGGAAUUGAAAUUAUGGUAGUUUUGUUUUUUUUUUGAGCUCAAUUUAUUUGAAUUUAUUUUAACGAAGAAAUUUAAUGAAUGUUCUAGUUUUUAAGUCUUGUUACUCAAGCUAAUAUAAUAAUUAUACAGUUUAUUUGUUAAUUAAUUCUUUGAAUUUCUUCCUGUGUUCUUCUUUAAGCUUAAAAUGCUUGAUUCAUUCAAGUGAUACGGUGUAUAGCAGUCGGGUUAUCUAUGUCAUGUCAGCUGACGUGUGAUCGGUAGGUUCUACCUUAUAAGUGCACCGUUUAGUUGCGGAUUUUAAACGGAACUUACGCCCUUAACAUACGUUCAUUAUGAGUUUAGGAUUGCCAGUCGAAAAAACUAGUUGUUUUCAAAGUUACCUGUAUUUAAUAGUUUGUUGGGGAAAACGAUUGAAUGGAAUUACAGAUACUUGAAAUUAAAUAAAACUCUUCUUUAUCGAUUGCAUACGUAAUUCAUUUUGAAUUGAUACAAAAUUAUUGCAAUUUUUAUGAAUUAUAUUUUGUUGAAACCAAUCGUUUAUGAUUAUAACAUUAUGAAUACUUAGUUUUGAGUAGAAACCGAUAUGAUUAUGUAUAUUAAUUGAUUAUUUCGACGAUUUCUUAUGUUCUUUUUUUAUUCAAUAAACUUUGCGUUAUUUGACUUAUGAAUCAUGAAAUGUCUUAUGAAAAAGGUGCGCAAGAUUUUUUAUUUUCAAAAUUAUACACAUCACAUUCCAUACUUGUACAAAGUGAAAAAUAAAAUAAUUUAUUAUGAGGUACUCGUUAACUUAGCUUAUUACCUACCUUUGGCAUAGUCAGUAUUUAUGAAUUGGAAUUGAAGUGAGUUCUAGUUUCUUUUUGUAAUAUUUUUUCCAGUGUUGGGCUGAAAGCGUAAUGUUUACUUUCAGCAUCGGAUGCAUAAAUAAAGUUAAUGAAAUCAUAUAGUUAUACUGGGUAGACGUCACAUAGACACCCUUAAUAAUAUUAUUCUGUAACUUGAUCCGUAUAUUAUGUGUAUAAAAAUAAAUAAUUGCAUAUUUAGUCAUAUAUUAAGCCUACGUGGUUUGAACGGGAUGUAAUUUUUACUCCAACCUCCAUUGUUUGGGUAAAAAUACGAUUCAAAGUUCAAUAAUACAUAUUUCCAUAUCCUCCAGUUAUGUAAAAACUGUAUUUGUCAUAUAGAAUAUUAUGUAUAGAGGGUUAUGCAUUAGAUUGUUAUAACAUUAGAUGUUACGGGUGUAUAUUAUAAAUGUAUGGCUGUUGUGAAUAUAUGAACUAGGUGCUUGCUAUAUUAGGCCCCAUUGCACGAUCCAUUAGUAAUGCAAAAUUUUCACAAUGAUGAAAAAAAUCGAAAGGUCUAAAGGUCAUGUUAAUGGGACCCAAAAUUCGCCACGGACAAUCGUUUAACGCUCUAAAUCGAAGCUCGUUUUGGUGCGCUAAAAAUUGGAAUUUCAUAGUUACGCAAAAUUAUGGACUUAACAAAUUGGAUAUUGCCAAAUAUAUUGGAAUGUAAGUCUACGCCCUAUCUUUAUAUAGUCUUAACAGUUACUAGCAAUACUUUGUACAAAUGUAUUAAUUAAAGAAAAGAAAAACCGUUCGCUUCUUGUGAUAUUUCAUUUCUAAAGACUGCAAUCCAAUAUUUCGAAGUAUUAAACUAUGCUUUAUAUUUAUGAAUGUUUUCUUAAAUCCAUCGUUUGGACAAAGUAUUGUAUAAACGUUGCCAUCGUUAACUCGUUCAUAAUAAAAAAAAAAUACAAAAUUGUACGGAACACCCGUGGUUUUCGUAUGGCAACAUUGUCAAUGUUGCUGCACUAUAAUCAGUGUUACUUAUAAAAUAAUAUAUAUUCACAGGUACAUGUAGAUGUAUAAACAUGAUAAUUAUGUAUUUAGAAUAAACGCAAAAAAUAAUGUUUGAAUAGCUCAGCCGUGUGAUUCAAUGGUGUAUGUAAAUAUAGGUGUUGCAUAGUACACAGUGCUAAUUAAACCCCUUACUUCAGCUAGUUUUCCAAAAGGCCAGUGACCGUCUAUAUUUUGUUAUUGCUUGUUUGAUGUUCAGUUGUACUGCUAAAGUCAGGUGGUACAGCACUUAUUGUAAGAAUGUCUUCAUCCUAGUUUCCUUGCACCUGGUUUUAGUAGUAUUUCACAGUCCGGGCUGGCUUUCUAUACAUGUUUUAGUGAGCAAUGAUAAUGCUAAAUGUUAGGCUAAUUUGAUUAUCCAAAUUAAUGAUAUAUGAUAUCAUUUGCAAUAUGUUUGAGAUCUGUGAAUUAUUUCAUCGCUUGAAAUGAUUGAUAAUAUUUUGUGCAAUAUUUUUCUUUUAAAAUUUUAUACAUGGCAACUCUGAUGUUGGUAUAGUCUGUUAUUCAUUAAUGUGUACUUCAAUUUUUAGAAAAAAUCUGCAGUUUGCUUAAGCACAUUAACAGCAGAAUGUUCAUAUAAUUUACAAGUAUUAUGAUUUGAAUAUAUUGACAAAGAAAGUCCAGUGGUUUGUAGAGGUGUUCAGUUGGCCAUACUUUACUUCUUAAAUGGAUGCUGUGAUGUCAGGUGGAUUCGACUGACUUAUUUGUGGGAUUCGCUCUUAGUUAACACUAUAAGUUUCUUUUUAUAAGAGAAUACUAGUUAAACCACAUUUUUGAAUUAGUUUUAGUACUCAUAGCGGCCUUUAAAAUUUUUAAGUUGUAAAUUUUAUUCAUUUAUUUUUAUCAAUGUACCUACUGAGUUACGUUUUUAUGUAAAUACCCCCUUCUAUGUUAUUUACUAGCUCUGUCUUUAGAUAUUCAAUUUAGUUUAUUUAUGAAAAGUAAUAAAUAAAUCAAUUAAUAUUA